AUGUUGGGAAUGUCCCUAUCUGCAGCAAGGGGUCUUAGUGGUCCAAUCUAUCAUGUACAUGAGGUUCCUGAACAUUUCCAUGAACACUUCAUUCUGCGAGGGUAUCGUCAUCCCAAGAGCUCAGUGACACAGUGUCUGCUUAGUCUGUUUGAUGCCACAAAUGAGACACUCAACUUCUGGACCCACUUUCUUCCAUCCUGGUACUUUUUGUAUGUUCUGUACCACCUGUGGAAGACCGUGGACUUUGUGGCAGACAGUUACACCUGGCCCCUGCUGUGUUACCUGCUGGUCUGUUGUGCCUUCCCCCUGACUAGUGCGGCUGCUCACCUGUUUAACGUCAUGUCUGACAGAGCCCGUCAUGUCUGUUUUUUCCUGGACUACUCGGCCCUCAGUUUGUUCAGCUUUGGUGUCGCCAUCUUAUACAGGGCUUAUUGCUUCCCCUGUGAUCUGCUUACAGAUGAAGGACCCUUUACCUGGUACCGUAACAACUAUGUCAACAUGGCGGCCAUGUUUGCCAUUCUGUGUACGCUGAUAUCUUGUGCCACUCGCUUCAUGAAACCAAGCCCUGCACGGAAAGCUCUACGCUUGGGAUCGUUUGCUGUGCCGUAUGUUUAUGACAGCAUUCCUCUGGUAUAUCGACUGAUUCACACACGACUGGGCGAGCCACAUUUUUCUGCCCAGUAUCUCUACACAAGGCAGUUUAUGUUUGCACUUCUUGCAGCAUUUCUAUAUGCUUCUCACUUGCCUGAACGGCUUUUGCCAGGUAUUUUUGAUAUAGUAGGCCAUUCUCACCAGUUGUUCCAUGUUUUCUCUAUACUUGCUGUGAUGGACCAGCUUCAGGCUGUGCUGCUGGACUUUCAAGAGCGGAGGGAAUUUGUCCAUCACCGAUGGAAUUUGGAACAACCCUCCCACAGCCUUGCUUACCUGGCUGCCAUUUUUUGGAUCAAUUUAUUUGUGAUAUUUUUGUUUACACUCAGGUUGCUGCGUCUGAAGCACAAACUAAAGACAAGUUGA